CUCGUUGAAUGGUAUUACUAAAUGAUUAAAUAAUAGUAAAUGCGAAGUUAUACUAAUUAUUGAUCGAGUUCCGAUCCCGAUUUUAGGUUAGGUCAUUAUUUUUUUCUUCAUUCGAUGUAGUCAAGAUCCGAGGCGACGCUGCUAUGAAACAGUUCCUGCUCCAUCUUGACGAGACAGAGGGACUAGGCAAAAAAUUCAUUAUUCAAGAUUUGGACGACAAGCAUUUGUUUAUAUCAAGUGAUAUUCUGGAGACUCUGCAGGCAAAAGUUGACGACUUGAUGGAUCAAAUUGCAUUCCCAUUGGCAGAAAAAGGUGUUUAAGUAAUAGAAAUUCAUUAAUUCAACAAGAGAAAAAUGGCGGCUAGGGAGUCUGGAAGAAUAAAGGAUGCGAAUCAGAAACGAGUUCUGGAUGAUGCAGCGAGAAGGCGAAGACAGAAAAAGGCUCUUGAAGCUUUGGAGCAGGAUAAUUUCCAUGAUGAUCCGCAUGCUGAUUUGGUCAUGAGCAAAAAAGUUCCAAAGUUUCAAGAAUCUUUGGAUGGUAGAGGAGCCGCUAGGAAAAAAAAGACACGUUCAGCCGAGUACUACAAGCAACGUUUUCGUAAAACAUUUGCCCAAUUAGUGGAGGAGGACCUCAAUACAAAUCCCAAUCCCCCUAAUUAUUCUAGCGCCCAAGCACCGCCUUCAAAAUUCCCAGAACGUAAUUUCUGUGCAGUUUGUGGAUUUCCCAGUAAUUAUACAUGUACAGCGUGUGGUGCUAGAUACUGUUGUACCAAGUGUUUGGGUACGCAUCAAGAUACAAGAUGCCUCAAAUGGACUGCUUAAAAACAUCACCGAUAUUUAUUUCUCUUGAUUCUUAAAUGAGAACUGAUAAAUAUAAAACAAAUGGUAGCAGCUGACAGGAUAUCAGCUGAAGAAUGGAUGCCAAUUGUUCAGUUUCAAACACGGUACUUCGUAUAUGUAUAAUUUUAUGUGAUUAUCAAUAAAUCAUCAAAUAAGUUCAUAA